GCAUAAAUGCCGGUGUCUCAGAUGAGCAUCUACCUCACCUUUGGCCUGAGAAAGAGAGAAAGCAGGACAGCAGGUGUCUUGGUGUAGAGAGCGGAACCAGUACUGCAAACCAUGCUGCAAUCCAGGGCAUUGGUGAUAGCUCUGAUUCUGCUCCUUGGCACCACUCUCCCCGAAGUGCACUCAAAGUCCAUCUUUGAGAGAGAUCGUCGUGACUGGUUGGUCAUCCCCGAUGCAAUUGCAGCUUACAUCUAUGAAACUGUGAACAAGAUGUCCCCUAAAGUUGGUCAGUUCUUGGUGGAUGCUGCCCAGACUCCAGUAGUUGUUGUGACCAGGAACUUCCUCAUCAGAGAAACAACUAAACUCAGUAUACUGGCUGAACAGCUGAUGGAAAAAAUAAAGAACCUGUGGUAUACAAAAGUCCUAGGCUACUAGCCAGAUGAAGACAAGUCAGUGUUUCCUGAUGGGAGUUGGUAGCACCCUACAGUGUCCUCUUUCCCUCUGCCCCUACUACCGACCAAGAUCAGUCAAUAAGACAGAAUCGAUGCUCCUCUUAAUACCACUAGAGGGAACCCAGCUUCAAAGACCAAAGGAUGGAAGGCAUCUGCUGAAGUCUCCCCUGAAAAAAACCCCGCUGCUGGGCAUGGGGAAGGCAAUGAGAUUGUAGAGCUCUUCUGUAGCCAAAUCCUGAAAAUUAAUUCCUCCUGAAUGGCUUGGCCAUUGCCUCUCUAAUUAAAAAAAAUGUUGGUUGUUACACUUC